GAAGCCAAGAAAUACAUAGUGUUCCUGCAGAAGUGAGACUAGUUAGCCCAUAUAACAAAGAAAUGGACUUUGGUGGCCAUUAAUCAGCAGCCUCUAAAAUCUAGAGAAGUGAUGAUGAUAAUGAUGAUGGCGACGACGAUGACGACAACGGUGACGACGACGAUCUCAAUUAAAACUUGUUUCCAAGUGACGAUGGAGCAUGCUCAAUAGCCAGUAUAUGCUGCAGACUGGAAUAAGUCUGAUUUUGCGAAGGAUCAAUUCUGGUUUUCUGAGGAUCAUGGAUAUUUAAAACAAAUCAGGAGGGGUUUUUUGUUUUGUUUUGUUUUGUUUUGUUUGGAAAGCCGGAUUGGAGCUAGGGAGAAAAUGACCCAUAUGUUAAACGCAGCGGCAAAUGGAGUGAAAUGGACCAGAUCUAGGACUGCUAAAAGGGUCGCCUGCCUGAUGGCUGCGGCAUAUGCUCUUAAAACUCUCUAUCCCGUUAUUGGCAAGCGUUUAAAGCAGCCCGACAGCAAAAAGAACCUAGAGGAAAUUUGCCCGACUGCAGAGAAUCCGGGGAAACUGCAUUGCACUGAGGGCUCUUGGAAGAAAGCUCCUGGAGUGAAUGCAGAUUUUUUCAAACAGCUUCUGCAGCUUCGGAAAAUUCUCUUUCCCAAACUUGUGACCACCGAAACAGGUUGGCUAUGCCUCCAUUCCGUAGCCUUAAUCUCAAGAACUUUUCUUUCUAUCUAUGUGGCUAGUCUAGAUGGAAAAAUUGUGAAGAGCAUUGUGGAGAAAAAACCUGGGACUUUCCUUAUUAAAUUAAUCAAAUGGCUUAUGAUUGCAAUUCCUGCAACAUUUGUGAACAGUGCAAUAAGGUAUCUGGAGUGCAAGCUUGCUUUGGCUUUCAGAACUCGUUUGGUAGAUCAUGCCUAUGAGACCUAUUUCACAAAUCAGACUUAUUAUAAGGUGAUCAAUAUGGAUGGGAGACUUGCAAACCCUGAUCAGUCUCUUACUGAGGAUAUUAUGAUGUUCUCCCAGUCUGUAGCUCACUUGUAUUCUAAUCUAACCAAACCCAUUUUGGAUGUAAUGCUGACUUCCUAUACUCUCAUCCAGACUGCUACAUCCAGAGGAGCAAGCCCCAUUGGGCCUACAUUGCUGGCAGGGCUUGUAGUGUAUGCUACUGCCAAAGUAUUAAAAUCAUGCUCCCCCAAAUUUGGUAAAUUGGUGGCUGAAGAAGCUCACAGGAAGGGAUAUUUGCGGUAUGUGCACUCCAGAAUUAUAGCCAAUGUGGAAGAAAUUGCCUUUUACAGAGGACAUAAGGUAGAAAUGAAACAACUGCAGGAAAGUUACAAGGCUUUAGCAGAGCAAAUGAAUCUCAUUUUAUCUAAACGUUUAUGGUACAUUAUGAUAGAGCAAUUCUUGAUGAAGUAUGUCUGGAGCAGCAGUGGACUGAUUAUGGUAGCUGUACCUAUUAUCACUGCAACUGGCUUUGCAGAUGGUGAUUUAGAGGAUGACCAGAAACAAGCUAUGGUUAGUGAACGUACAGAAGCCUUUACCACUGCACGAAAUUUAUUGGCCUCCGGAGCAGAUGCCAUUGAAAGGAUCAUGUCUUCAUAUAAAGAGAUCACUGAAUUAGCAGGCUAUACUGCUCGAGUGUACAAUAUGUUUUGGGUCUUUGAUGAAGUAAACAAAGGAAUUUACAAGAGAACUGCUAUUCAAGAGACUGAAAAUUCUGUCAGGAUUGGAGAUAAAAUAGAAUUAUCUUUCAGCACCUUAGAAAUCAAAGGAAAAGUUAUCGAUGUUGAUCAUGGAAUUAUUUGUGAAAAUGUUCCUAUUAUAACACCAGCUGGAGAAGUGGUGGUUUCCAGGCUAAACUUCAAAGUACAAGAAGGAAUGCAUCUUCUGAUAACUGGUCCCAAUGGUUGUGGCAAAAGUUCUCUCUUCAGGAUUUUAAGUGGGCUGUGGCCUGUGUAUGAAGGAGUCCUCUAUAAACCCCCACCUCAGAAUAUGUUCUAUAUUCCACAAAGGCCCUACAUGUCUCUUGGAACUCUACGGGAUCAAGUUAUUUACCCUGACUCUGUAGAUGAUAUGCAUGAAAAAGGAUAUAAUGACCAGGACCUGGAAAGCAUUCUCCACAAUGUCCAUCUCUAUCACAUUGUUCAGAGAGAAGGAGGAUGGGAUGCUGUCAUGGAUUGGAAGGAUGUCCUUUCAGGAGGAGAGAAGCAGAGAAUGGGCAUGGCACGGAUGUUCUAUCAUAAACCAAAAUAUGCACUGCUGGAUGAAUGUACUAGUGCAGUCAGCAUUGAUGUUGAAGGGAAGAUAUUUCAGGCUGCAAAAGGUGCUGGAAUAUCCUUGUUAUCAAUUACACACAGGCCUUCUCUUUGGAAAUACCAUACUCAUUUAUUACAGUUUGAUGGAGAAGGAGGUUGGCGCUUUGAACAGCUGGAUACAGCUAUUCGUUUAUCACUGAGUGAAGAAAAACAAAAACUGGAAUCCCAACUAGCUGGCAUUCCCAAGAUGCAGCAGAGACUCAAUGAACUAUGCAAAAUUUUGGGAGAAGAUUCAGUGCUGAAAACAAUAAAAAAAGAAGAUGAAAUAUCUUAAUCUGUUCUGAUGUGUCUUGGAAAUUUUUAUCAUUGCUGUUAAAGAUGUUAAUGAGACACUAGUAUAAUGCAUGCGUUAUGCUAACUUAAACACAGAGGGAAAAAUCAGCCAAAAAUGAUUUAUGAGAUUUGUGCAUGGAGGCAGAAUGUUUUGAACUUUGAGAAGAAAAUAAACAACUGAAUUUUGAAAAGAGUACUCACUAUGGCUUAUUCUAAUUCCUAAUGAAAGUCCAAUUCAUCAGGAAAAGGAGAUUUAAUCAAUCUGAGUGAAUAUAGGCAAGAUACCAGACUCUUGGGUCUGCUUAACGUGUCUACUGUAUUAAAUGAAAUUUAUUGCAGGCAUGAAACAACAUAAGGUUUGAAUUGUGUGUAUAGAUGCAUAAGACAAAAAAUAUAUAUAGGAUUCUGGUCCACUUAUACAUCAUUGUAAGUUUUACGCUGCUCAUUAUUCCUAGUAGCUGCUGAAUUUCAACACAAAGAAAGCAGUUUAUUAAUAGGAGUGGUUAAAAACUGCCACUUGAAAACCAAAGACAUUGUGAAAGUAAUUUUAGACUUUAAACAACUUGAUACAGGCAUGUAAUAUCUAUUCAUUUUAGGGGUAAUUUCACAUCUGUUAAGAGUCCCUUAAUUUCAAAUAGUGAAUGGAAUAAAUGGAAAAGGACAAUCCAAAAAAAAGUUUGCUUCAAAUUAUAAUUUCUUUGUAGCUGCAUGCAAUCAUAGUCCAGAAAUGCAAAACUUAUGAGUCUCUGUAAUGGAAGAGGCACCAAAUUAUUCUUUAUACUAUAACAAAAAUAGACAUCCCAAAAAUAUUAGAAUGGAAAUAAAUAGAAAAUCAGCUGUCCCCAAACCAAUUGGUUAUGAAAUUAAAGAUUGGCUGAUGUGUUGCGAAGGAAACUGGAUUUAGUAAUUUUAGUGUUAAUACAAUUAUUUUUGGCUAAGUAACAAGGAUAAAAUAAAAAAUGGAGGUGACAUUAGAAUUUGUUCAGUGAGGGACAAGGAAAGACAAUCCUCACCCUCACCUGGUUUCCUUCAAAUCUGAUCAAAUCCCUUCAACAACAAGCCUGUUUGUACACAAUUGUUUGCAUGUUGUCUUCCACAUUGGACUAUGAGAUCUUUAAGAUUAGGAAUUGUUUUGUGCCUUUCUUUGUAUCCCCAAAACUUAGCACAGUCAUUGGCACAUAGUUGGCACCUAAAUACUUGUUGACUAUUACAUAAAAGUAAAAAUGGUCUUCUUGAAUCUUAGCAAAUAGGAGUAAUGCAAUGAACUUAAAAUUUUUUAUCACAGUGGUCCAGGUACUAUACAGAGUAUCUAGGUGACAGGAGUUAAAAUAAUGCUAGCUAACAUUAUAAUGCAUUGUAAGUUUUGCAAAGCACAUUCCAUAUAUAUCUGCUUAUUGAUAUAAGUAAAAGUUUCAAUUAUUUUUUACUUCCUAUGGCCCAGUGAUACUCCACAAAUGAAAGAACAAUAUUUGAGAUUUCUGGUGCUUGUGACACUAUGUUGACAGACCAGAAAGAAAAUUAAAACGAUCCAAACUUUUUGCUCUCUCAGGUUCCAUUUACACAUAUAAGUAUUAACAUCAUCUUUGCCUUCUUAGUUGUUAAAUUUUAAGUCAAAUUUCUUGAAUGAAAGAGGAAGUUACUGGAAAAACAAAGAA